AUGGGAGACUACAACAGCUUAGGCGCCAUACCUCGUCAUGUCGAUCGGAAAGCCCUCUAUACAGAUCUUGAGGCUCGCGUUCGCUAUCUGCAACAAUUUAUUGGCUUCACUGCCGAUGAUGUUAUUGCACUAAACAAAGGAUCUAAAUACAUCAAAGCACUAGCACCCACCCUUGUCGAUCGCGUAUACUCCAAGCUUCUAGAGGCAGAUAUAACAGCCCGUGUAUUCAAGACUCGCAGCACAACAUCUGAGGAGGAUCUUGACGAGUAUCCCGAGUUCAAAAGCCCCUAUAUACAAUGUCGCCGAAUGUUCCUCCGCUGGUACAUUACCCGAAUAUGUUCUGAUCCGACCAAGAUCGAAUUCUGGGCGUACCUCGACAAAGUCGGGCGUAUGCAUACGGGGAAAGACCGCAUGAUAUCCUUUGAUGUGGAAUACAUACACAUCGGCGCGUGUCUCGGGUACAUUCAAGAUGUGCUCAUCGAGGGAGUGAUGGGGUGCGAGAAGAUGUCACUCCCCUUCCGGGUUGCGCUGAUCCGUGCCCUGGGAAAAGUAAUCUGGAUUCAGAAUGAUCUGUUUGCUCGAUGGCGAUGUAGGGACGGUGCCGAGUUCGAGACGGAAGUUGAGGCAAUGCAUCGAGAUCAGAAAUCGACAACAAACGCGACUAACGCCAAUGCGAAGACACGCGAUCAGCGGGAUGAGGAGACAUGCAGCGUGCGGAGUACCUCAUCUUUCCAGGCAGAAUCAGCCAGCAUCUUCUCCGAUCGUCAGUCGACUGCACGCACAUCAAUCAGCAUCGCCACACAGCAAGCGGCCACGGACUAUCCUGCGUGCCCGUUUUCACCCGAUUAUGCGCCGUCGUACGAAACAAAGGUUUGGUCUGAUACCGAGUCUGGCCGCUGCUCUCGGUGA